CACUAUCUUCUCCUCAACAUCUCUACUCUCCUUUUCUCUCUCUACCCUUUUUUCUCUCUGUACAGUCAAUCUUCUCUUUGUCAAGUCUCUAACUGAAAGAUAUGUUUUGACAACCGUAUUAAAUGCACUCUUCUACUCCAUAUCAUCACCUUCAUAACUCCUUUUAUUCUUUCUCAACCAGAAAAUUCUUUAUUACACUCUAUUUUCUUACCUCAUUUUCUUCUUUAAUUUCAAACUAAUUAAUUAAAAUAUUCUUUUUUUUUCAUGGCUACUUCACCUUCAACCCAUCAUGCUUCACCUUCUCCAAGGCGAUUAGCCGAGCUUCUGAACGAACAACAAGAGCCCUUUGUGCUAGAAGUGUACCUUCUCGAACGAGGGAAUAAAUUGAGAAGAAGCUUAGAAUUAGAGGGUAAAUCUAUUAGUUGUUCUACUAAUACUAAUAUUAAUAGGAAUAAUUCAAGUAAAUUCUUGAAAAAAUCAUUUAGUUAUCAUUUUGGAUCAAAACCCAUAUCAAAAAAAUAUAGUUCUUCACAAUUUUCAAAUCUUGCUAGGAAUUUAUUCAAUAAAUUUAUUUCAAAAAAAUGGAAGAAAAAAAAGAAAGAUUCUUUUGAAUCAACAAUUGGGAGAUGUUCAUCAGUUAGUUGUAGUAGUAGAAUAUCUAUUAGUACUUGGUCUGAUAGUGAAAUUGAUGGAGAGAUUAACAGCUUAUCUUCUCCUGCUAAGAAUGAAAUUACUGCUUAUGAUCAGUCAGUUUCAGAUAGAUUGAUGAAUCAUAACCAAUGGAGAAUUGUUGAAGAAAAUAAGCAAUGUAGCCCUGUUUCUGUUCUUGAAGAGAUUGAUCUUCUUCAGGCUAUUCCUGUUUAUAAUGUGAGACAAACUCGAGAAGAAAUUACAUCACAAUCAAGAAUCAGAUUUCAGAAAAAAGUAUCAGAAGAUGCAAUUUUAUCAGCUUCUUUAUGGGAACAAUUAAUUCAAUUAAAAAAAGAAAAAUCCAAGCAGAAACAGAAACACAGGAGAAAACCAUUUCCAGAUUAUAUGAACACAAAACGAGCCUUACACCAAAGUAGACAGUUAUUAUUCGACUGUGUAAGAGAAACAAUCGAAAAUCAAAAACGCAACAGAAAUAACAACAACGACAACAACAAAAACGACAACAGUAAAGGUUUGAUGAUGGGACCUGAAGAAAUUGGGAAAAUCAUAUGUAGAAAUUUGAAAAUAUGGGGUAAACUUUCAUUUGAUGAAACAAAUAUUGAUCAAGUGAUGAGAAUGGAGUUAUUGGAAGUUUGUGGAGAUGAAUGGGGAUGUUUUGAUAUAUGUAACAAAGAGAUUGUUAGGGAGAUUGGGAAUGGUAUAGUUGAUGAGAUUAUUGAAGAGAUCAUCAUAGAUUUGAUUCAUUAGCAUUAUAAAUGUUGGGCCACUGGCCAUGAAUGAUCUGCAUAGACUCUAUUAAUAUGAUAUUCCUCACCUUAGACUGAUUCCGUACGAAAUUGUUUUUGGACAUAUUUGUAAAAGGCUGCAUAUGAAUUUGGAGUUGAAUCACUUAUAUAACACUUUCUUAUUUUUACGAUGUGAGAUUUGGGAUGUACAUUCAAGUUCAACUACAGUAUAAAGAUCAAGAAUUUUGUUAAUGAUCAAUUGUUUUCUUGUCCGUCUCAUAAAAAUUGCUACACUAAACAUAUUUUUGAUUGGUAAGUUAUGUUUAAAUAUAGGUGGAUCCAACUGGCUCCUGUGGCCGCAAGUGAGGACACAAACAUUAAAAAAAAAAGUUUAGAAGGAUGGGCUAAGACCAACAAUGCACAUAUGUAGUGUUCGCAUUGAACCAACUAUGCUACCAAAAUUCUUUUAACAUACGUAUAUUAAUAAUUAAUAUUCUCUACUAAAGGUUGAACAUAUAUAUAGAACUAAAGAAGCGCAUGUAAUGAAUAACAAAUUUGAUAUAAAACCACCCAUUGGUAACUUUUAUUGAGAAUAAUGCAUUUUGUAGUAUUUCAAAUGAUAAUAUUACU